GAGUCUGCUGUGUCACAUGGAAAGGGAACUGAAUAAAUAAGAAAUGCAGUGAAGUGGCCUGGUAGAAGCUCUUUGGUUAAUGUACUGAAUGUCACUGAAGAAAACAGAAGCGGUACUGUAGCAGUUGUUACUGGAUUUGUACCUCAUGUUUAAGGCCUGUUGAAGAAACACACUUUUCACCUUAUUAUUGUAUUGUUGGGAGUGUUAAAGUUAUUCAACAAAUAUGAAUAAGUUAGCAAUCAUCGGGACAGCAGCUUUGGGGGUUACGUUUGCUGCUGGAGUCUUAAUUGCCAACAUCCUUGGAAAUGUGGAACUCCCUUUGAUCGGUAGUCUGUCUUUAAUUUGUCCACAUGAGUUUUCUUAAGUUAUGCCUUCUGCUUGGGUUAUUGCUGUGAAUGACCAUCAAGUCAGUCCACCCACCCAGCUACAAUGUGGAUAAAAGGAGGAAGUGUUUUCCUUCUGAUGUGGGAAAUACAUUUAAGAGUCAUGUUGGAGCAAAAAAUGACCCCCUGAUGAAAUACUUGUUGGAUCACUCAUUGCGAGAGCACCCAGUGUUGACCAAGCUAAGGAUGUGUACUUUACAAGAACCUCGGGCAUUCAUGAUGGUAGCUUGUGAACAAUCCCAGCUGAUGGCAAACCUAGCAAAACUCAUUAAAGCGAAAAAAGUCAUUGAAAUAGGAGUUUAUACAGGUUACAACCUUUUGAACAUGGCACUCGUUCUACCUGAAGAUGGCAAGGUAGUUGGGUGUGACAUCAGUGAAGACUAUGCAAACAUUGGAAGACCGUACUGGAAAGAAGCAGAAGUGGAACAUAAAAUUGACUUGCGGAUAAAACCAGCUCUUGAAACACUUGAUGAGCUGUUGAAAGCUGGGGAAGCUGGAACAUUUGAUUUUGCUUUCAUUGAUGCCGACAAGAUAAAUUACUCUGAGUAUUACGAGAAGUGUCUACAGCUUCUGAGGAAGGGUGGCAUUAUAGCUUUGGAUAACGUUCUGUGGGGUAAGAGAGUACUAAACCCAGUGAAGGACCCAUCUACCCAGAGCAUUCAUCAGCUGAAUGAGAGGAUCUUCCGAGAUACACGGGUUAAUAUAAGCAUGCUCACAGUUGGUGAUGGCCUCACGCUGGCAUUUAAACUAUGAGUUCAUCAUAAAACUGAAGUUCUUCAUUAAAAACACAUUCCAAAAAUGUUAUGGCACUGAAAAAAAAAAUCACUAAACAAUUUGUUUAUAAUUAUCUGUUAAUAUGGUGGUAUGGUGGUUCAAUUUCUGUGGUAGAUGUUGAUGUGAGAACAGAACUGCAAUUCCUUCUGAGAGAUGAAACAUUCUGUUUCAGGUCUGCAGUAGCUGGCAUAACUACAUGUUCACCAAAGACCACAUUUCAGAUAACCCAUUCAUAUACAAGCCAUUUUCUUCCCGAAUGACUGACUACAGGCCACUCUGCCAUCACUGUCAAAAAUUACAUCUGUUGGUUGAGAUCUGCUGGCCAGAGCCAUUUGAAGCACCUUCCUCUCAUAAUGUGGGAAAAUGGACAUACAGCUUGUGGAACAGUUACAAAUAUACUAAGUACAGUUUGCAUCUACCUGUAUUACUGACUUACUGAAGCAAAGCUGGCCAUUUAUUUAAUCCCUUUGUGGUUUAUUGUGCAAUGAAGAAGCCUAGAGUAGAUCUGCCACAGUUCACUUGAGAAGACCAUGAACAGACUUCCAGCAUGAUAAACCACAAGAAGUUACCUGAUGUAACAUACAUACAUUUUGCAAGACUUUCUAGAGUAAAGAUUCAGAGGGUUUUGAUUAUGCAGUGACAGACUGAAAGACUAAUAAAAAGUACAAAGCUUGCAAGGAAA